CGUGGCUCGCCGCGCCGGGCUGCAGGCUUGAGAGCCGCUCUGGAUGGGCUCGCUAGAGUCGUUGUUGUGGAAGCGGUGCAUUUACAGUGCAACAGUCAGCACAUUGAAAAUACCAAUAGGAAUACAAAACAAAGUCACAUUUACUGAUUUAAUUGUAUUGCAUUCAAUUGUAUCCAGGAAACAGCCUCCAACUAUGGAAGUGCACGGCGGCCGCCGGCUUGGGGUUCGGCCGCCCGCCGAGAAGCCCAGUCCGCCAGCGUGCUGACGGGCACGCCGCCCCUGUCGCCGGUGACCCCGGACACCGCCUCCUCCGCACCGUCCGCGCGCCGCCUGUGCGCCCAGUUGCCCCCGGGCCCCGGCCACGCUGCUCCCGGGAGGCAGCAGCUGGCCGGGGCCGGGGCUGGGGCCGGAGCCGGGCAUGGAUGGCCGCGACUUUGCACCGCCGCCGCAUCUCCUGUCGGAGCGUGGGAGCCUGGGCCACCGCGGCUCUGCAGCCGCGCGCCUCGCCCCAGCCGGUCCCACCGCGCAGCCUUCCGCGCACUUCCAACCGGGGAAAUAUUUCCCGUCGCCGCUGCCCAUGGCUUCGCACACAGCCAGCAGCCGCCUGAUGGGAAAUUCUCCAGCAUCCUCUUUUAUGGGCAGCUUCCUCACCAGCAGCCUGGGCUCUGCAGCUUCCACGCACCCUAGCGGCCCCACCUCCUCCCCGUCUGAGCAGGCCUACCGCAACUCUCACCCUGGCACCUCACAGAUCUGGUUUUCCCACUCUCAUGAAGCUCCUGCAUACCCCAGAUUUUCGGGGAGUCUGGCAUCUACUUUCUUACCCGUGAGCCACUUGGAUCACCAUGGAAACAGUAAUGUUCUCUGCGGGCAGCAUCGUUUCUAUGGAACCCAAAAAGAUAACUUCUACCUGCGCAACCUGCCUCCCCAGCCCACACUCCUGCCUGCCAAUCACAACUUCCCUGGUGUGGCCCGGGGUGCACCUGCUCACCCCACUGGCGCCUGCAGCCGGGACCGGGGUGAGACCGUCCCCUCUCACAAAGGUCCCAAGGAGUUUGAUGGCUUCCUCAUGGGCAAAGAAAUGGGCAAAGAGAAGGCCAGCAAGGUGACAGAGGGCCGAGAGCGAGCGGCAGCAGAGGAAGACGGCAGCAAGGAGCGGCACAAGCUGGUAACCGUGCCAGCCGACGGGCCCUGCAAAGAGGGCGGCCCAGGGCCCCGGGGCUCCUGCGAGGGCCGCCCCAGACACCCCACCUCUUGCCUCCUCAACGCCAAGGUGCUCAAUGGUGACCUGGGCAAGGCUCCGCUGGCCAGCUGCACAGGGGGUGUGCUGGGCCGGCCCGGCGCCAGUGUGGCAGCUUCCGGACGCUGUGCCAGGGAGCCAGCAGGCCACGCAGAGCCUGGGGCAGCCUUCAGCGAGUGCCUGGAGCGGCGGCAGAUGCUACACCAUGCGGUGUCCUAUACGGUGCCCUCCGGCUUGCCCACUGGCCCUCCCCCGCCCCUCAGCACAGCCUCUGGGUCCUUCCCCUGUCUGCAGCUGCACACGGGCCCAGAUGGGCUCUGCCCACUGCAAGACAAGGUCCCUCGAGACCUCAAGGCCAGCAGGCCCACCUUCGUGCCUUCUGUGGGACACCUGGCUGACAAGAGCCGGCCCUUCCAGGCAGCCGAGGCCUGUGCUAUGGCAGGGGAGGGCAAGGACCGACACCAAGAUGGGGCCAUGGGCCCUGAUCAUGUCGCGCCCUAUGGAGUCUCCUAUGCCCACAUGAAGGCCGAGGGCAAGGUUGAGCGACGGCCUGGGGGCUUUGAGGCAGCCCUCAACUCCCGACUAAAGGGGCUGGAGUAUCUCAACACUGGCCCCGAGGCCCCCUUUCCUGGACUCCCCAAAGCCAGUCUGGACAAAGGUGGCUACUUUGAGUUGCCUGCCCCUUCGCAGGACUGUGCUCGGCCCCCCCACCAGGACUCACUCGGUGGGAAGGCCACCCAGGCCUGCUGCACUUUAGACAAAGCUGUCAGCAAGGAGGCUCCCCCCAGUGCCCCUGGGGCCCAGAAAGUGGCUCGGAUCAGGCAUCAGCAGCACUUGGUGCCUCCCGAAGUCGAACCAGGAGGCAGUGGAGCUGAGGCCAAGCGCAAGUCCCUGGAGCUGGCAUCUUUGGGAUAUGGUGGACCCCACCUGCCACCCUGGAGCAUCCAGGCAGGGCAGGCCACCACCAUGGCCAUCAGCGAGGAGCGCAAAGGCAGUGCCUACCUGGACCCCUUUGGCAGUGGCCUGCAGCAGGCAGCUCUCUUGCCUCAGGAGCUGCCCACCCCGCCCGACGAGGUCUCAGCCAUGAAGAACCUGCUUAAAUACAGCAACCAAGCCCUCGUGGUGGGCCAGAAGGCUCCCUUCGUGGGCCUGGGUAGCCUCAAAGCCAGCUGUGUCCAACAGGAAGCAAAGUUCCCAGCCUCCAAGGGCCCAGGCUCGGUGGAGAGACCGGACUGUGCCCGCAGCCGGGAGCACGACACCCCACAUGGAGAUGGGGAGGUGCGGCAACCCCCUGUGGGCAUUGCAGUGGCCUUGGCCCGGCAGAAAGACACAGUGAGCCGGCCUGAGAUGACCUAUAGCACCAACAAUGGGCGGCAGGGCCGGGCAGCGCCUGCCUUUAAAGCUGGUGGGGGACCACGUACCACACACACGCUGGACCUGGAGAGCGAGGAGGAGAGGAUGCGGCUGUGUGAUGACCGCCUGGGACUGGCCAGCCGUGAGCUGCUACUACAGGACAACAAAGACCUCGUGGAAUUUGCCAGGAUCCAUCCAUCAAGCAACUGCCCUGGAGACCUGGCCCCCCACCUCAUGAUGCAGGGUGGCCAGCUGGGCGGGGACCCAGCCCCUCACCCUCAUCCUGCUCACCCACCCUGGCUGCCCCGCACCCGCAGCCCCUCCUUGUGGAUGGGGGGACAUUCCUAUGGCCUGGGGCACCCUGCCCUGCACCAGAAUCUGCCCCCUGGCUUCCCUGCUUCUGUGCCCGGCUCCAUGCCCUCUGUGUUCCCGCUCCCCCAGGAUGCCCCUGCACAGCUUGUGAUCUUGCCCUCGGAGCCCACGCCUCACACAGCCACCCAUGCACUUGCUGAUGUCAUGGACCAGGCCUCGCUGUGGUCCCCCAUGUACGGGGGCCGGGCACCAACAUCCCACAUGCAGCACCCUGGCCAGCUCCCUGUGUACUCACGCUCCCAGCUGCUGAGGCAGCAAGAGCUGUAUGCCCUGCAGCAGCAGCAGCAGCAGCAGCAGCAGCAGCAACAGCAGCAGCAGCAGCAGCAACAACAGCAGCAGCGGGCUGCCCAGGCCCUGGAGAUGCACCAGGCCACUCAGUUUCAGCGAAAGUCAGAGGACAGCCACCUGGAACUGGAGGAGCCUACCCAGGAAAAGGCCCCGAAGUCCACUCACAAGCCAGUUGCCUUAACCCCCAUGGCCAAGGGCGCCCCCUCGCCUGUCGCUACGGGCACGGUCAAGCUCUCUCCCUGCUGUCUCUCACCUGCCCUGAAGCCUUCAGCCAGCUGUCCCACACCACCACCUCAUCCCAGUGCCCCCUGCACUUUAUCCAUCUGCCCCACCAGCAGCCCCGGGCCCAGCUCUAAGGUGCCCAGAGCUGAAGACGAGAGUGGGAAGUGCCGGCGGGCCGGAGCUGACCUCACUGCAUUGGAACCAGACCUGCCCCCUGGACACCUGCGCCCUGUGGUGGGCAUGGGCUUCUCCCUGCCCUCAGAUGUGCACUCAUCUGACCUCUCGGGCCACAAAACUAUGCAAACCGCUGUCACAGGAGGCCAGCCUGAGCCUGCAAGGACGUUCCUGCCUGGGGAGCCGCCACCUCAUAGCCCCGGGAGCCUGGAGGGGCAUGAGCUGCUCUCAGGGGGCAGGGAGGCCACACCAGACCUUGCUGCCACACCCCACCCUGCCAAGCAGGGACCUCAGGGGAAGGCAGAGGACCCCAGCCCACUUGAGGGGCUACAAGAACUGCAAUUUGGGGCCCUCCUCGAGGGAGGGACCCCUAGGGCCACUGGCCAGGCUCAUUCUACUCAGGGAGGGGCACAAGAGGAAAGGACCAGGGAGGAGGGAACACUGGGGUCACCACUGGGGAUCUCCCCGCAAGCCCCGGAGCAGCAACCAGGGAGCCCAGUUGCCCUGAAUGAGGAUGAGAAAGGUGUCCAGCAGGCCCCAGAGGAGGCCCCACUGCAGGAGAAGCCCCAGCUGGAAGAGGAAAACAUGAGGGACACAGAGGAAGACUGGAGGGCUCCCAGCAGCGACCACCCACUCAGGGCACUGCCAGGCCUGGAUGCCUUGGUGGCCGCCACAAUGAACCUUGGGGACCUGCCUAGCAUCAACAUGCCGGAUCCUCAUCCCUUGGUGGCCCCUGGGCCCCCAAGCGUGGCCCCUCUGCCCCACAGCUCAGGGAUUCACGGGAUUGCUCUGCUCAGUGAACUGGCUGACCUGGAGAUCCAGCGGCAGAGAAGUGAGCUGGUCACUCAAGCAGAAGACGAGGAUGUGCUAGCCUUCAACCUGCAGCACCUAGCCACACUAGCCACAGCCUGGUCCCUCGUAGAGGCUGCCAGCCUAGACAGCAUAGUGGCUUUGGCCCAGCCUCCAGUUGCCAACCCUCAAGGCCACACCAGGCUUACACCCCGCAUGCAGAUCCUACAGCGCAAGGACACCUGGACCCCCAAGGCCAAGCCCGUAUGCCCCCUGAAGGCUGCCAUCGACCGGCUAGACACCCAGGAGGUGGAGAUGCGUAUGCAGCUAGCAGAACUACAGCGGCGCUACAAGGAGAAGCAGCGGGAGCUAGCCCGGCUACAGCGCAGACAUGACCAUGAGAGAGAAGAAAGCUCCCGCAGCAGCCCAGCACGGCGGGGGCCUGGCCGGCCAAGGAAGCGCAAACACUCCAGCUCACUGCCUACCCUGCGGCCUGGGGCCCAGCUCGCCAGGAGCGAUGGCAAGAAAGCCAAGGCAGUGCGGGCCAGUUUGAGUCUGCUAUGCGCGGAGCUUCAAGACAGUGAUGAACCCAUGAAGAAGCGGAACAAACUGGAAAAGACCGUCUACAUGGGCCUGCAGACGGCCUCUGCGAAGGUGCGGUGUAAGAAAAGCAGCAGCCAUGGUGGUGAGCUGGCAUCCUCGGUGGCCGACAGAGUGGCCCAGCUGAAGCCGAAGGUCAAGAGCAAGGGGCUGCCUGCUGGCCUUGGCCCCUUCCCACGGAAGGAGGUCACCCCAGGUGGCCGCAUCCGGAAGAAGCUGUCCCGAACCAAGAACACCAAGGUGUCUAGGGCAGUCCGGCACCCACAGCCUGAUGGCAAUGGUGGCAGGGAGAUGCCCAAGUUCCCGGCCCAGCCAGCAGUAACUGUGGCAGGCAGUGGCUCCGACAGCGAGGACUGCCAGGCUCUCCUGGGGACAGAGGCAGCCCCCAAAGAUUCUGGGCUGGUGCUGCACCCCAGGGCCAGCAUGGCUGUGCUGGGGCCCUCACCCUCCUCCGUGGUCAAGAUGGAAGCCAACCAGAAAGCCAAGAAGAAGAAGGAGCGGCAGGGCUUGCUAGGGGCCUGCCACCUGUCCAGCCCUGAGAGCGAAGUCAAAAUCAAGAGGCGGGCAGUGAAGGCUAAGGUGGGCGCCAAGCUAGAGCGGGCCCCCGGGCGGCGACCCCCAGGUACGCCAGGCAAGAAGAAAACUAAGGGCAAGGCCAAAGGCAACCUGACAGCAGAGGCGGGGGCUGCCUCCAGCAGGGCCCCACUCUUCAGUCCCGGCCGGGCCUUCACCUGCCACGAAGAAGGCAAAAAACUGGCCAGCGAGCGCCUCAAGAGGGCCACACGCAAGAGCACCAUGCUGCAGCCAGUACUUCGGCGGAAGAACGGAGCCCUGUCCAUCACGCUGUCAGCCCGAAAUGCCAAGGCCAUCCUGGGGAAGGGCAGGAAGCUAGGCAAGGUGAAAAGCAAGACCGUCAGCAAGCAGGGCCAAGGCCGGGCUGUGAGCCGGCUGCUGGAGAGCUUUGCCUCAGAGGGCGACUUCACGUUCGACCAUGACAGCAGCUUCUCCGAGGAGGAGGAGGAGGAGGAGGAAGAAGAGGGCGAGGAGGAAGAGACAUCCAGGGGUUUGCUGAGUGCGGAGCAGAGUGCUGCUCUGGCACACUCCUGCACCAUCCACAAAGAGGACCUGCAGGACGGGCUGCCUGUGCUCAUUCCCAAGGAGGACAGCCUGCUGUAUGCGGGCAGCGUCAGGACCCUGCAGCCCCCGGACAUUUACAGCAUUGUCAUUGAGGGCGAGAGAGGCAACCGGCCCCGAAUCUACUCUCUGGAGCAGCUCCUACAGGAGGCGGUUCUCGAUGUCCGGCCACAGUCUAGCCGGUACCUCCCACCUGGCACCCGGGUCUGUGCCUACUGGAGCCAAAAGUCUCGUUGUCUGUACCCUGGUAACGUGGUCCGAGGGGCCUCCAGCGACGAGGAAGAGGACCUGGACUCUGUGCUGGUGGAGUUCGACGACGGGGACACAGGCCACAUAGCCGUCUCUAACAUCAGACUGCUGCCCCCGGACUUCAAGAUCCAGUGUACAGAACCCUCGCCAGCCCUGCUGGUGUCCAGCAGCUGCCGGAAAACCAAGAAGGCAUCCAGUGAGGCCCUGCCACCCAGCGAGCCCCCGACCCCCAGCCUGUCCCCUAAAGCGCAAGAUGGUCCUGAAGCAUUAAAGACUUCUGGGAAGAAACCUGUCAGCAAAGAGAAAGCUGGCAAAGCUGACCUCCUCACCUCAGGUGCCAAAUCCACCUCGGGGGCCUCAGACCAGCUCCUAGGCCGCCGGGGAAGCCCCCUGCUCAGCUGGUCAGCAGUGGCACAGACCAAACGGAAGGCCGUGGCUGCCACGGCCAUGGGCAGCAAAGGGCCAGGGGUGCUGCAGAACCUCUUCCAGCUCAAUGGCAGCGCCAGGAGGCUGCGGGCCCGUGAGGCCCUCUUCCCUGUGCACAGCGUGGCUGCACCCGUGUUUGGCAACGGUUUCCGGGCAGAUUCUUUCAGCAGCCUGGCCAGGUCCUGUGCACCCUUUGUUGGUGGGACCAGCUCGGGCCUGCCUGGGGGUACUCACAAGCUGCUACGGGCCAGGAAGGCUGACCGAGUGGAGGCUGAGAAGGCCGGGCGGCGCAGGGUGGGCAGCGAGUUCCUGGUCAAGCUGGACCACGAAGGAGUGACCUCCCCCAAGAACAAGAGCUGCAAGGGGCUGCUCGUGGGCGACAAAGACUUCAGCCCCAAGCUGGGUCGGCCCCUGCCUAGCCCCAGCUAUGCACACCCAGCCCUUGUGGGCAAGGACAAGAAGGGGCGGGCACCUGUCCACCCGAUGCCCAUGGGGCUGGCACUGCGCAAGUAUACCAACCAGGCUGAGUACCCGCUGCCCUGCGACAGUGACUGCCCUAGCUCCUAUUCAGAUGAGGACGAGGAUGGGCCAGAGCUGGCUGCUGGCAUGCCCUCCCGCUUCCUUACCCGCCUGUCUAUGUCCUCCUCCUCCUCGGGUUCAUCCACCUCCUCCUCCUCGGGCUCCGUGUCCACCUCCAGCCUCUGCUCCUCAGACAACGAGGACUCCUCUGACAGCUCAGAUGAUGAGGACCCAGCCCUGCUGCUGCAGACCUGUCUCACCCACCCCGUGCCUGCCCUCCUGGCCCAGCCAGAGACCCUGCGCUCCAAAGGGGGCAGCCCCCACACCCACACCCAGCGCUGCUUCCUGUCCAGGGCUGCAGUGGCCAGUGCGGGUGCAGGCCCAAGUGCUGGCAAGUCCAAGCUCAAGUGCAAGGAGUCCCUGAGCUUCUCCAAAGCCAAAGAGCUUUCCCGGAGGCAGCGGCUGCCGUCCGUGGAGAACCGGCCAAAGAUCUCAGCUUUCCUGCCUGCCCGGCAGCUGUGGAAGUGGUCGGGGAACCCCACACAGAGGCGGGGCAUGAAGGGCAAGGCCAGGAAGCUGUUCUACAAGGCCAUCGUCCGGGGCAAGGAGACGCUGCGUGUUGGGGACUGCGCAGUCUUCCUAUCAGCUGGGCGGCCCAACCUGCCCUACAUCGGCCGCAUCGAGAGCAUGUGGGAGUCCUGGGGCAGCAACAUGGUGGUGAAGGUCAAGUGGUUCUAUCACCCCGAGGAGACCAAGCUGGGGAAGCGGCAGAGUGACGGGAAGAAUGCACUGUACCAGUCCUGCCACGAGGACGAGAAUGACGUGCAGACCAUCUCCCACAAGUGCCAGGUCGUGGGCCGUGAGCAGUAUGAGCAGAUGACCCGAGGCCGCAAGCACCAGGACCGGCAGGACCUCUACUAUCUGGCGGGCACCUAUGACCCCACCACUGGGCGCCUGGUAACGGCCGAGGGCGUGCCCGUGCUGUGCUGAGCCGCCACCCACCUCCUGCCCUCCCAGGGCCUGCGUGUGGAGGUUAGGCCAAGCCGGGGUAAGUCUGAGAAAACAUGCAACCCCUCCAAGGCGAGAUCAGGCUCUCCACAACUUUUAAAGAGCGCUCCUUGGUGCGGCCCAGUCUGGUCCUGUCCUGUCCUGUCAGCCGUGGAGGCCCAGCUGCUGUUUUCCCACGUCGCAGUUCUCAAGAGAUUAGAACCCAAGCCAUAUUUCCCUAGUACCUCUGACCGUCUCCCACCAGGGAAAGCAGAAAUCAGGUGUGUUGUCUAUUUAUUUCUCUAUGUAAAUAUUGUAUUUCCGUGGGGAAGUUUUAUGGAAAAAAGUGGAAAGAAUUUUCCCCACCCCCAUAACGAGGGUGUGUAUACGUUUUCACGUGCGCGUGUGUGCGCAUGCACGGCGGUUUUGUUCUGGAGUUAUCUUUGGAAAUGCACUGUUCUCCUCAGCCUAGCUGAGUCCCCACGGGGCAUCUGUGAUGACAGAGGCAGCUCAGGCAUUCGGGGGCCAAAGGCCACGGGAUGACAGGAUGGACCCUUGUCCCGGCGGCCUCUAGGGACCCCCUAUAAAGUGAAAGUCUCACUCGAGUUUCCUUCUUUUCCAUCCAUCUAGCGUUGGGCUUGGGGGUAGUGAUAAAAGUCCCCGAGGAGAAGGGGUUCUGGACAACAAGAUGGAAAUCAGUACCACCCUGUCCCCAAACUCUGGGAAGGACUGCAGCCAUGUGUAUCUUACCUCUACUUAAGACAAAAACGAACAAAUAUUUUAUUUAUCAGUAAGAAAAAGUGAUGCUUUGAAUUUAUUUCCUAAGUAUUCCAGUUAUUUCUGAUUUGUUUCCUCAGCUAGUUUGUGCCAGGCAGAGCAGUUGAGCCCCUAACCCCUAUGCCCUGUGUCCCCUUCCCUUGCCAGAGCGCAGCAGGGCUGCCAUGAUGGGGUGGCUGGACCAGGCCCCUCCAGGCUGGGCUGGAGCGCAAUCCCUGUUCCCUCUACACCACUGGACAAUGGCUGUGAGACUUCCCCUCCACUCCCAAUACCUUCCCCCAGUGCCUUGCUGUCCCUGGUGACCUCGCUGGCAGCUCUAGAGGCCCUGGGAAGGGAGAGGAGCCCUCAGACCCUCUUGCCCACCCAUCCCCGGAGUUUGCUGGGCCUUUUUUGCAGCCAUUCGGCAGGGUAAAUGAGCUGGCCUCCAACCAGAGCCCAGAAGAGGCUGGCACCCUCCCGUCCACCACAGACAGAGCACGCCAGACCCACCACCCAGAGACCCUAUACCCCACCCAGGAGCCCCGUGCCCUCCAGGAGCUGCAGGAAAGCCUCCUGGGUACCUCACACCCACCAGAGCCCUCUGGCCCCCCUUCUUUGUUCUUGCCAGUCAAGAAUACGUCUCAUUCCUGGGGCCUUAUUUCCCCCAAGUGCCGCCCAGCCUCCCAUGGGCUGCUGUUGGUGGCUCCACUGGAUACCCAAGGGCAGGGAAGGGGCCAUGCUGUGAUGAGGGCCCCCUAAACCCACCCCAAAUCCACCCCGUAUCCCACUCGAGUGCAAUAUUUCAUUCCUAUCGGUCACCUGGGGAGAGGGCCCUCGGGUGCUCCUCACAGCUUAGGAGCCAGGAAGUCGUCAAAGGGAGGCAGAGGCCUGGACGUUAGGCCUGGGGGCUCGAGCUGGUCAAGCCCAAGCACAGGGACAAGAAGCCUCUUUCCUUGGCCACCUCUUCACCCUCAGCCAGGCUUUCCCCUGGGCAAUGUUCUUUUCUCUUUUCCCUUCCUUGCCACUGCGUGAGGGCGGUGCGACCCCUCCCCUUCUCUGUGGUUAAACGUUGCAGGAGCACGAUCCUUGUAAAUGUGUAAACUAAGAAGAUGGUUGGAUUUUUUUUUUCAAUGUAAACACUAAAAACAAAACACAAAGGUUUUAUGAACAGCAAACUCUAUGUAAAGGCAUUUUAGUAUUAAAUUUUUUAUUGAUAACUUGCUUAAGAAUAAAUAUAUGAACUAUUGUACAGGU